AUCUGCACGGAGCUGCUCCGGCUCUGCCUCCAGGAGCUUUUCCAGUUCCGCUUCAUGCAAACCGACCCCAACUGGGCCAAUUUCCUCUACGACCCCGAGAGGCACAAAGUGACGCUGUUGGAUUUCGGGGCGUGCCGGAGCUUCGAGAAGGAAUUCACCGAUCUCUACAUCGAGGUGAUUCGGGCUGCGGCUGACAGGGACGAGGAGAAAAUCCUGAGCAAAUCCCGGGAGCUGAAAUUCCUGACGGGCUUCGAGUCCCCGGCCAUGGAGUCCCUGCACCUCCAGGCCGUUCUGCUGCUGGGGGAGCCUUUUUGGGGUUCCCAGCCGUUCGAUUUCGGGGCUCAGGGCACGGCGCGGGGGGUGCGGGGGCUGCUGCCCCAGAUGCUGCGGGGCCGCCUGGGGCCGCCCCCCGAGCCCAGCUACGCCCUGCACCGCAAGCUGGGCGGCGUCUUCAUGGCCUGCGCCCACCUGGGGGGGCGCGUGCGCUGCCGGGAGCUCUUCCUGCAGCUGCACAGCUCCUACUGGCGCCCCGACAGCGCGCCCCAAACCCAGCCGGGAAACGCCAGCAGCAGUGAAGGGGGACUGGAGCCCAAAAAUGGCGUCAAGUCUUCUGGAAUCCCAGAAUGCAGGAGCGGACCUUAA